AUGGGUGAGGAUGACACUAUCGACUAUACAAAAUAUCCUAGUAUCGAGGAGCAAGUUUUACAGGCCGCAGGGUCAGGUAAAUUUGGCGUUAUAUUAGAUUGUUGUAGUAAUAAUGACCUUUUCGCAUCUAUGCCAAAAAUAUUAAUGUCAAAAUCACAUUAUGUGACUACUGCUGGGGACAAAAAGUUCAAGUGUUCGAAUGUGAGCUUGUUUAACAAUAUAAUGCCAACUCUCAAGCCUAUAUUCAGAAUGUUACUCUCUUCUAUGAGGUUGAUCUCGUACUCUUUUGCAAUCACAGGAGUGAAGCCAGGGAAACAAUGGGUUGAGUUAGGUAAACAACUAAUUGAGGAUGGAAAGAUCAAAAUAACGGUUGAUAGUGUUCAUCACUUUGAAACUUUCAUGACGCUAUCAAAAGAAUGGAGAGUCAAAGGGCGAGUGGUAAAAUUACUAUUCAAUUAG